AUGUCCGACUAUCCCAACUACUAUGCACCGCCCAGAGUAUCACCGGGUCCUCCACCGGGUACCAAUACGAACAAGCCACUAGCAAUGUAUCCUCCAUCCUAUCAGGCACCUCCACCCGGUCACCAUCAACCCAUUUAUGCGCAUGCGCCGGUGCCUCCUAGCCUGCAAGCACCACCAAGCUACUACCCUCGUGUAGGCUUCACCAGACUUCCCGUCAAGUUUCACAUCUGGAAUGUCAUGACCAGCGGCGGCACCAGCUGUCUCGAACUGGGCCCUCAACUCAAAGGCCCAGUAGCCUACUCUGCAAAGAUGUUCUCUAGCAGCAGACUCAAGAUCAAGGAAGGUUCAUAUGCAUCUGAGAAUCUACCUAUCUGCACUAUAGAGAGUCGGCAUACUUUCAGCAGUAAGAGCACUAUCACCUUUGAUGGUUUUUCAGCCAACUUUGUGGAGACCAGCAUGUUUAAUGAUGGCGCUACCUGGCCAUUUGACGUUGACGUCAACGGUACCUCUCAGAGAUGGCAGUGGAGAAAGAAGAAAGCACAACAAGCAUCGACAUUGAGACAGAUAGUUGAAGCCUUUUCUGAGAGCGAUUUUGGAAGCUGGGAGUUGGUCUCUGUGCUAGGUCAGGGCUGGCCCAUCGCUACCUUUCAUGCAUCUGGAGGUAACACCUUUGAGGAUAAUGCAGCGCUCGGCGUAUUUGAGUUUCAUGGACCAGCAGCUAUUGGCCAGUUGGGUGACAUUUUUGCGAACGUCUCUAUCGCUAUCCUCCUGCGCAUCAUAUCGCAACAUUACAUCAGUAGAAUUGCAGCAUUGGCCGGGUCAUAA